AUGACUCUAUUGACAAUAUCAAAUAAUGACGAUCUUCCAUCUGAAAUUCCUCCUAAAAGAUUCAAAAAUACAGAAACUGAAGAGGUUGAUCUUGAUUCUUUAGAGCCUGAUCCAGGAUUGCGUCGACAAAUUUGGGAAUAUCAUCCUAAUCAACGAGACGAGAUUCGUCGAGUUUAUUUGAAUCUGAAAGCAUAUCAACCUAUUCUUCAAGAAUAUCCAUUAAAUAAAAUUAUUAAGCACCCUCGAAGAUUUCAGUCAACUUGGUAUGAACAAUUUCCUUGGUUGGAGUAUUCACCCACUAAAGAUAAAGCAUAUUGCUUUCCAUGUUUUAUCUUCAACAAGCCUUCAGGAUGCUUAAAUCAAACUACAUUUACUGUUGAUGGAUUUGAUAAGUGGAAGAAAGUUCGAAAUGGAAAAGCUUGUGCUUUCCUAGGCCAUAUGGGAAAGGAUAAUGUAUCUUCACCCCAUCGUAAUGCUGAAAAGGCAUGUGAGGAUUUGAUGAACCAAACACAACAUAUAUCAAGGAGAUUUGAUAAUUUUAAUGAUGAACAAGUUGCAACUAAUCAUCUUCGAUUGAAGGCUCACAUACACGUGGUGUUAUUACUUGCACUUCAAGGAAUUCCGUUUAGAGGUCAUGAUGAGAAAUCUAGUUCAUCUAAUCGUGGCAAUUUUCUUGAAUUUUUGGAUGUGCUGACCAUGUACAAUGAUGAACUUUCAAAGGCAAUUGCGAAAGCUCCAAAAAAUGCCAAAUAUACAAGUCACGAUAUUCAGAAACAAAUACUUCAUGUGUUUUCGGUGAGAGUGAAAAAUACAAUUCGUGAAGAAAUUGGAGUUGCCAAGUAUUGCAUAAUUGUUGAUGAAGCCCGAGAUGAGUCAAAAAGAGAGCAAAUGUCUAUAGUAUUGAGGUUUGUGGAUAGUAAUGGAUUCAUUCAAGAAUGUUUUUUUGGCCUUGUUCAUGUAUCUGAUACUGCGGCUUUAACUUUAAAGGAUGCUAUAUAUUCUGCUUUGGCUCACUACAAUUUGGAUGUUCAAAAUAUUAGAGGUCAAGGGUAUGAUGGUGCUAGUAAUAUGAGGGGCGAGUUUAAUGGAUUGCAAGCUUUGAUUAUAAAAGAUUGUAAAAGUGCUUAUUAUGUUCAUUGCUUUGCUCAUCGGUUACAAUUGGCUUUGGUUGCAGCAGCAAAAAAUAUGACACCUAUUCAUCAAUUUUUUGAUAGAUUAACUUUUAUAGUUAAUAUUGUUGGUUCUUCAUGUAAGCGUAAUGAUGAAUUGAAGAAUGCUCAUGCAGAUGACAUUGCAUAUUUGAUUGCUAUUAAUGAACUCGAGACAGGGCGUGGACUUAAUCAGAUAGGUACUUUACAACGAGCUGUUGAUACACGCUGGAGUUCUCAUUUGAGAUCAUUGAAAGGCCUAAUUAAGAUGUUUAGUGCAUCGUGUACGGUAUUGCUCAAGAUUAUGGAUGAUGGGCUUCCUUCUCAACGAGCAGAUGCAACAACUGUUUAUGAUGAAAUGACUUCCUUUGAUUUUGUAUUCAUCUUGCAUCUUAUGAAAGAGAUUAUGGGGAUCACAGAUAUUCUUUGUCAGACUUUACAAAGUAAGUCUCAGGAUAUUAUAAAUGCAAUGGAGCUUGUAUUAUCUACUAAGAAUUUACUUCAACAGAUGAGGGAUAACAAGUGGGAUGAUUUGCUUGUAAAAGUGAAAUCCUUUUAUUCACAGUUGCAAGAAAUUAAUGGUCGCUUUAGUGAUGAUGCUAUGGAAUUGCUCACUCUUAGUAAUGCCCUAAAUCCUCAAAAUGCAGCGGAGUCUUUCAGAGUUGUGGAUAUAUGUAAAUUAGUUGAAAAGUUUUAUGCUCAGGAUUUUACCAGAGAUGAAAAAGAACAAUUGGAGAUGCAAUUGAAGCAUUACGAGUAUAACGUAGUCAAAGGGUCUGACUACAAAAAUCUUUCAACCAUUUCAGAAUUAUGUCAAUGGUUGGUAAAGACUAACAAGUCUGUUACAUACAACCUCAUUUUUAGAGUGAUCGUACUUGUGCUUACUCUUCCGGUUUCUACGGCUACUUCAGAACGAUCAUUUUCUGCGAUGAAUAUUGUGAAAACAAGGCUUCGAAGCAAAAUGGAGGAUGCUUUUCUCUCAGAUGCAUUAAUGGUAUAUAUUGAGAGAGAAAUAGCUAAAAGUGUGAGCAUAGAAGCUAUCAUUGAAGAUUUCGAAAAUUUAAAAGAACGUCGAAUUCCUUUUAGUUAG